GGAUUAGAUCUUUGGGAAAUGCGUAUAAAUUUGACACUAGUGUUUAGUGAAUGAAAACAGUGUAUUGGUAUUGAUGUUUUGUUGAACGUGUUUUGUAAUGGAGGGUCAAGAAAAAGCAGUUGAAACGAAGGACACAGACACUUUACAGAGGAAACACCCCUUUGAUAAUCUUUCCAAAGAAGAACUGGUCAAGAAAUGCAAACACUUUUUGAUGCUGGCACAAAAAGCAAAGCAAGCAAAAGAUGAUGCGAAUGAGGAAAUACAGCGCCUGAAAGAAGAACUAGCAAAAUAUGAGGGAACAACAGAAAUGAAGUCAAAGGAAGCACCAAAACAUACUGAUGCCACAAGCAUGCAGGAGAUGAUAGACACUCUCACUGAGCAAAAGCUCUCUCUUGUUAUUGAGAUGGACAAAGUGCUGAAACAAAGUGCAUCAGUAGAACGCCAGUUGGAGCAAGUGAAACAAGAUGAACGGAAAGCAAGGCAACAGGUGAAUCAAUUGACUAAUCGUGUGCAGGAGCUUGAGACAGCACUUGAAAGUGCUCAUCGACAGGUUAAACGCCUUACAAGAGAAAAUGAUGAUUUACUUCAGCAGCUGGACACUGUGGAAUUAGAACUGCGGUCUCUGAGGGAUCGGGGAAUUGAGAGGACUGAAAGCAUCAAGGCUAAACAGAGAAUAGUGGCUGUAGAAAAUGAAAUGGCAAUAUUACAGGAGGAGCUGGAUAGGGUAAAUGAAGAGAAUAAAAAGAAAAAUGAUCAAAUGAAACAGUUACAUGAUCAAUUCAGUCAGGAAAAAUUGGCAUAUGAAGAGCAGUUCAAACGAAGGCAAAUUUCUUGGGAAGAGAGAAUAUGUGAACUUCAGGAUCAGUUUAAAAAAGAGAAGUCUGUGUUUGAACAAACACUUGAACAAGAAAAGAAAACUAUGGAAGAUACUUUGAAACAUGAAAUUAUUUCUUGGAAAAAUAAGUUAAAUGAAUUGAAAGAACAGUUCCUAACUGAAAAGCAGGAGAUGGAACUUAAUGCAAAGCAACAGGUCUUAACAUUAUCUGAACAGUUUGAAAACGAAAAAUUGUCUUUGGAAGAGAAACAUAAGCAACUUAUAAGGGAAAUGGAGGAACAGAAAAUUAAGGAAAUGAAGACAGUUGAGGAAGGGUACAUCCAAAAAUUGCAGAAUCAGGAAGAAACCUUUGCUGAAGAGAAACAGGCAUAUACAGAAAAUUUCAAACAGCAGUUACUAACUUGUGAGAAACAUUACAAGCAAGAAUUAAAACUUCGCGAAGAAAAAUUUGCGCAGAAACUUAAAAAGUGUGAAGAGAAAUUUUGUGAAGAAUUUCACAUUGUUGAAGAUAAAUUUCUGAGAGAGAGACAUGCUCUUGAGGAGCAACUAAAACGACUACAAGAAAAGGCUGCAGAGGAGAAACAGUGCCUAGAACAGAAAUAUAAUGCAGAGAUUGCAGAGUUGGAAAAAAAAUUUGAACAAGAGAAAACUACCUUGAUGGAUAAGUUGAGAAAGGAAAAACAUAUAUUUGAGGAAAAGUUGCAGAGAGAGAAAAAUAUUUUGGAAGAGAAGUAUCGGAAGGAAAUUGAGAGUAUUAGUGAAGCUAGGAAUAAUGUAAAAGAUGCCAAUCUUGAAAUAGAAAAGUUGACUCGAGAGAUACAGAACUUAUUUGAAGAAAAGGAACAGUUUGCAACCCAUGUACAUAAUCUUAAAGAAACAUUGAAAUAUACAAAUGCUGAGAAGGAUGCGUAUUUUCAAGUGAAGGAAAGGCUGAAACAUGAUAAUGAAAGCUUAUUAGAUCAACUCAAAGCAAUAAUGAGUGAAAAGGACAGAGUUGUUAGUGGAAUAGAAAAUGUGAAACAGAACAAUGCUGAACUCAACCAGCUAAUCCAGAGUCUGGGAGCUGAACGGGAAUCAUUUCUUAAAGACAUUGCAAAGCUGAAUAUGGAAAAGAAAAAGCUACUUGAACGUUUGGAUGUUUUGGAAGCAGAUAAUUCUGCAAUAAUUGAAGAUAACUGUUAUUUAAAAUCUGAACUGCAAAAACUAAAAGAACUGCUGGAGAAGAUAACAGCUGAGAAAAUUUUAAUAUCUGAGGACAAUGUGUGCUUAAAAUCUGAAAAGCAAAAACUGAAUGACUUGUUGGAAAAGGUAAGUGUUGAAAAGAUAGUUAUUUCAGAAGAGAAUUCUUGUUUGAAAGCAGAAAAGGAGAAGUUGGAAACGACUCUAGAGUCAGUAAAUGCAGACAGAACAGCUGUUCUAGAAGCUAAUACAGGUUUAAAAGCAGAAAAGGAAAAAGUAAAUCAUGAGUUGCUUCAAGUAAGAGCAGAAUGUGAAUCUCUACAUUCAGAAAUGGCUAAUGCAAUGGAUAUGCUUAAUAAUGCUGUACAUAAUCAUUUAUUAGAUAAGUUAAAAGUGGAAAGAUUGGUACCAGAUAGCAAAGAAAAUGAACAAGGGAGUGCUGAUACAUUAGUGCAAGUAAAUGAACCCAAAACAUGUGCAACACUUUCAGAUAUAAUCACAAGUCUCUGUGAGAGCCUCGAAAGAAUUUCAGUUACAAGAAACAGUGCCUCUUCAGCAAACGUUAGUGAUUACAGUGGCAGCAAAGAGGUGACUGAAUCAGAUUCCCAAGAAAAUAAGAGCAGUAUCUCAGGCCACAUUCAGAAUUCUGAUGCUUCAAGUGAAAAUGGAACAUCAGUUGAAGGUGACAGGUACAGAGAUGAGAUACAGAAGCUACACUCAGAGUUAGAACAUUUAAAUUCAGUUAUUUCUAAUAUGGAAGCACAUGGUGAGGAACUGCAAACUGAAAAUGAUAGUCUGAAGGAGGGAAUUAGACUACUAAUUUCAAAUGUUCACUCUGAUUUUCCACCACAAUAUAAUUUAUCCGAAACUGUUUCAGAAGUCCGGUACUUUAACAAUGAAACAUUAGACAAGCUAGGAGAUAUUUUAGGAAAGGAACAAGCAGAGAAAUUUAUAGAAAUAUUUUGUACAGUGAAACGACAAGCUCAAGAAAUCAAUAAUCUCAAAUAUGAAAUUGCUUCUAUUACUGAAAUGAGUCAGCAGGAAAAAACAGAUUCAGGAGAAAAGUUAUUAACAGACUUAAAAAGUUGCCAAGAUGAUAUCAGAAAUAAGGUUGAAUUGAUUAGCCAUAUAGAGGAAGAGCUGAGCCAGUUUCUGGGCACACAGAUUUCUUUUCAGUAUAACAGUGAAAGUUUAGCCAAUUUACGGAAGGAACUUUCAGAAAAGAAAAAUGUUUUGGAACAAAAUUCUGAAGAGGUACUGGAGCUGCAAAAUUUGAAAGCAACUUUGGAUUCUAAGUCAAAGGAAUAUGAAAAGCUGCGUAGUGAACUAUUAUUUAUUCAGGAUGUCUCUAAAGACAAAGAAAGAGAACUGAAUCUUCUGAAGGAACGACUGGAAAACAUUGAAGAAAAACACAAAUCUGAAAUCUGUGCUUUGCAAGAAAGACAUUUUGAAUGUGAGGAUGUUCUGAGUGCAAUGAAAGAAGAAGGAUUUUUGUCAGAUGGCAUGGAAGAAAACUCAUUGCAUAGUAAAGAGGCAGUAAUGGCCAUUAUAAGGAAGCUACAUAACCAGCUUGGUGAGAGAACUUCAGUUAUUGAGAAGUUGGUGCAGCAGUGUGAAACAUCAAAGAAUGAAUUAUCUAGACUGCAUGAUGAUUUGAAAUUAAUAAGACAGGAGCGUGAUCAGUUCGAAUCAAAUGCGUCCCAUUUUAAAAACUUGGUAGAAACAAACAAUGAGGAACUGAUCUCUUUAAAACAGUCAUUUGUCGAUUUAAAAUCCCAGUCUGAAAGCUGCAUAUCUGGUUUACAGAAUAACUUGAGGGAUGUGCAGACUGAGUGUUCCAUGUACAAGAAAUUAGUAGAGGAGCAGUGUAAUGAUACUGAUAGCACCAAAGCUCAGCUCAUGCAAGUAAUAAGUCAAAGUGAUGAAGUAAUGGUAGAAUUAAAGAAAGUGCAAGAUGAAUUAAGAAAUACUACUGAAAGGCUGAUGGCAAAAACCAAAGAGGCUGAAGAAGUUAAGGAAAUAACAAAUGCUUUAGAAAAGAAAAAUUCAGCAUUGUUGGAUGAAAUGAAUAAAAUUCAAGAUGAGUACAACAGCCUAAAAAUGCAAUUUGUCGCAAAACAGGAAGAAGUUCUAUCAUUGGAAAACCAGUUAAAUACAUGCCAUAAAACAAUUGAAGAUCUUCAGAAAGAUUUAAAUUUGUCUACAGAAAAGUGUGACAAUAAGUCCAAAGAGUGUGUUGCACUUUCUGCUGAAAUUAGUGCCCUUAAAAAUUCUGCAGCUUCAGAACUGAAUUCAGUAAGAGAGAUGCAUGACAUUGCCAUACGGAAAAUGCAGCAUAUGGAGAGAGAGCUAAAUGAAGCAGACAAUAGAUUUAAAUGCCAGACUGAAGAAUUAAAACAAAAAACAAAAUUACUGGAGGAAGAGAAACAGUCAAAGGAGGAGCUGAAUAGAAACCUGAUGAAAAUUAAGACUGCUUCUAAACAGCUGAAUUGCAGUUACAUUGAAUUAAGAAAACAGUCAACAUCUUUCCAAGCAGUACUGCGUGAACAGAUUGUUGUGGCAACCGCAACACUACACACUAUAAUUGAUCGACUGGCACAGUCACAAGCAGUAGAGAGUGUGGGCAUUCUGCAUGACAUGAAUGAAAUGAACCAGGCAUUAAAACUUCGUGGUGAAACAAUUUCAAAGCUUCAAGAGGCUGUUAGUGACCUAGAGCAGCAGUUGCAAGAGACACGAAAGCGUUUAGCAUCUACUCAAGAAGAAUUGCAAACAGUGGCAUCCUCCCUGGACAAAAAGAUUGUGGAAGUGCAGUCACUUGAGACAGAAAAUUCUCAACAGAAGGAAGAAAUAGCACAGAUGAGAAGCCGCCUAACAGAAUUUGAAAAGGAAGCUGCAGUGGAUGUUGCUCGCAGUGAGGUCACAAGCAACAGCACGAUCAGCAAAACUGAAGAACAAGCACGUCUUAAGGAUCUUGAAGAUACAUUUGAAGAACGCUACACAAAGCUGCGGACAGUUGCGGUGAGGCUGAAGAAGCGUGUGGCGGAGCUUACAGCCCACCUGACUCAGCUGGAAGCUGAACGCAAUAAACUGUUAACUGAUAAACAAGAACUUCAAGCAUGUGUCACACAGAUGUCAGCACAAGCAAAACAUCUUCAGACUCUUCAACAGGAGUACGACAAGUUACAAGACACACUAGAGCAACAGAAAGCUGAAAUGAGCAAAGCUAAGAAGAAUCAAGACACUGCUCUGGCAGACUUAGAAAAGCUAAGGAAACAUCUAGAACAGUGUCUUGAGGAAAAACUAAAUGUGGAAAAACUUCUAGAAUCCUGUAGUAGUGAAAAGUUGACCCUGGAACGAACAUGGAAGGAACAAACUAAUCAACUGAAAAAUUUGAGAAAGGAGGUGGAGUUACAGAAUAACAGUUACAGAGAAAAAGAAAUAACAGUGUCUCAGUUACAAGAACAACUGAACAAACUCCAACAGAAGUUGUCAGAGGAAGAAACAAAUCACCAAGCAACAAAGGAAGCUCUUGAAAUGAGUAUGCAGGAGUGCAAGAAGAACUCAUUGUUAACAUUGGAGAUGGAUGAUUAUGAGAAAAGACUGUCCCAGUUGACACAACAACUGGAAAAAGAAAAGGCACGUGUUUCAGAGCUAGAGAGCCAUUUGAACACACAGAGAGAAAUUGAACAAGGGCUUCAUCAGCAGAUAAAUUUGUUGGAACAACGUGUCACAGCAGAAGAGACACGCAACAAAGAAGCCAAGGAACAGUUGAAUAUAAUUCGACAGCGAUUGUGUGAAGCAGAAUCACUCUCCAAAGAAAAGGAAGCUGUCUUGCAGGAUGCAAAGAGGUAUGCAGAAAAUCUGAGAGAGGAAUUAGAAGCUCAACAGUUGGAGUUAGCUGCUACUGCAGCUGAAAAACAGAAGAUUGAGGCUAACAGUCACAAGCAGCAGACUGUGCUUAUUGAGAAGGUUUCUGUAUUAGAAGAACAACUAGAAAAAUUGCAGCAUGAAAGAGACAAAUUUUCCACAGAAUUAGCAGAGGUGCAUAGUGAGUUUGAAAGUUACAAAAUUCGUGCUGCAAGUGUACUGAGGCAGAAGGCUCGCCCUGAAGAAACUGCUCCAGUCGCAGAAGAUGGAGCCCAGCAGGAAAUUGCACAACUUCGAAAAACAAAUGAUAUGCUUCGAGGAAAACUCGAAGAAAUGAGCACAGAGAUAGCUUUAUUGGAGCAAGAACUGUCAUCAGUCCGACAGGAGCGUGCACGAACUGCAGAUCAAGUUCAGGAACUCUUAAGCACAGUUUCGACUCUGCAACAGCAAGUAGAACAGUUACAAGAGAAAGCACGUGAUACAGCUCUGCAACAUGCAGAAGUGCUUCGUAACCAGAAGCUGCAUACGGACACACUUGUGCUUUGUUAUAAGAAACAGAUUAAAGAACUGGAAGAGCGGCUAGCAGAUGAAACUACUGCUAUUAAACAACAAUUAGAGAGGACUGAGGAGAAACUUAGGGUUACACAUAAACCUGUAAUUGAAGUACCAGAAAAACAAUUGAAGAAUGAAGCCAGCUCUUUCACAACUGUUACAAGCCAAAAUAUGGAAAUUGCAUUACUUGAAAGAGAGGAGUGCGAGGGUUCAGAAAACGUGGAUUCUAUGUCACCGCAUCUUAGCAGUGCUAGAGACCUGCCUAAAGAACCUGUGCCUCUGGAAAGGCUGUUGGAGUCUCCAGUUGAUGUAGAUGGCUUACCAUCUCAGGAGACAGAGAUCACAAAUACAGGAGAGCAUACAAGUCCUGAGGCAGCACUCCAAGAUUCUCAACUGCAGUUGAGAGCAGCAGAAGCAAGAGGACGACAUUUGGCAUCCCUGCUGAGUGAAGCUGAGAGGGAGCUGGCUUUAUCUCAACAACAAGCUAAAUUGCUCAAAGACGAAUUGAGGCGUAAUCAGCGCAGUGCUGAACGUGAGCAGCAUGCUCACAAUCUGGAAUAUCUCAAGAAUGUGCUGCUUAAGUUUGUCACAUUGCAGGGUGGAGAUGAAAGGACACGUUUAGUGCCUGUUCUCAACACUAUUCUGAAACUUAGUCCAGAGGAAACAAACCAAUUACUGGCAGUCUCUAAAGGUGGAGUGGAUGCAUCAGGCAGUGGACGAGGCUGGGGAAGUUACCUUCCUAUCUGGCCCAGUCUAUAGCAUCUGCCUUUACCAUUCCCUUCUUGGAUAUGACAGGCAUAUUAAAAAAAAGCACUUUUCAUGCAUUUGGUAUGGAUUGUGGUUGCCAUUUCAUUGCAUGAACAAGGUACUUAAACUCUGAGAUGUUCUUAAGAGUUGUUUCCAUAAACCUUAGUCAAUCAUCAUACAGAGUACCUGACCUGAUAUACAUCAGCUGCACAUUCUUUGCAUCAUUAUUGAUGCCACUUAAUGUAAGAAAUUUGUAUAUAUGAGAACUCCUUCUUAGUUAGAAAAGAUGAAAGCAAAGGAACACUACUUCAAUUUCAGAGCAUACUUGCUAUAGAUAAUUGUAAGUUAUUGUUUAUAAAGAGGUGAAUGGAAAAAAGAGUUAAAUGUGUGUGUGUGUGUGUGUGUGUGUGUGUGUGUGUGUG